AUGGACGGAAGAAAGAUAUGGUUUUUAACACUGACACAAAGAUGUAACUUGAGGUGCAAGUACUGUGGAAGUGACGAAGUCUAUGACACGGACAUGGAAGACUUAAACCCGUGGCCAAUGGAAAUAGAUUACGAUCUUACUGUUCUGAAGAAAUUGGGAGAAGAAGUUAACCCUAUUAUUUGUUUCUAUGGAGGUGAGCCAUUACUUCGCCCUGACAUCAUAUACGAAGUUAUGGAUAUGAUUCCACAUGCAGAAUUCAUCUUUCAAACGAAUGGGACAUUGUUGAGCACCAUAAAAACUGAAUAUGUGAAUAGGGUUGGCACGAUAUUAAUAUCAUUGGACGGAGACUCGAAGAGAACAAAUUUCAAAAGAGGUGCCAACACAUAUGAAAAAGCUAUUGAAAACGUGAAGCUGAUAAGAAUGAAUGGGUACAAAGGAGAUUUGGUAGCACGAAUGACUGUUUCUAAAGGAUCACAGAUAUAUGAGGAUGUUAACCAUUUGAUUAACUUGAAGUUUUUCGAUCAUGUCCACUGGCAACUGGACGUGUGUUGGGACUCACCAGCAUACGUGUCUUGGGACUUUAAGUUCAUUGAGUGGAGAGACACUGAUUACCUCCCAGGUAUUCAUAGAUUGGUUUCUGAGUGGGUCGACGUGAUGAAAUUUUCGGGAAAGGUGAUGGGCAUUGCGCCAUUCACAGCGAUGAUGUAUUCGAUACUCACCGGAGAAAAAAUGGCACACGUCCGGUGUGGGUCUGGAUUCACGUCAUUCAAUAUUGCGACCAAUGGUGAUAUCACUGCUUGCCCUAUAGCACCAGACAUGGACAUUUAUGGAAAAGUCCAAGACAAAGACUUUGUCGAAGAGAAGAUGGUGAACAAAGCCAAAUUGAUUGAUCCAUGCAACAAAGAACAUUGCGAUGUAUUUGAACUUUGUGGAGGAAGAUGUUUAUAUGCAAAUGGUUCGAAGUGGUGGGGUGACGAAGGGUUCAAUGAAGUGUGUAAAAGCAUACGAGGGUAUAUUAAAGAGAUUCAGGACGUUGUACCAACCGUGAAACAACUGAUUGAGGAAGGGAAAUUGAAGAUUGAGGAUUUCCACUAUCCCAAGUUCAACAACUCAAUAGAAGUGAUUCCAUAA